AACCUAAAAAAAAAUCAACAUAACCCCAAAAACAAAUAGGCAACAUGGAUCUUCCGACUCGGGAUAAAAGUAAAAAUUUAGUGGAAAACUCAGUGUGUUUUUCGGAAGAUCCCACCCUCACGAGUAUUGUGAAUGAAGUCACAGCAUCCCAGCUGACCAAAUUGAAUCUCAACACUUCCCACCACGACAAUGAGGAGUUCUAUGAAAAAGCCAAAAAGUACUGGGAGACAGUUUCACCCACCAUCGAUGGGAUUCUCGGGGGCUUUGCUGAGGUCUCCCCGCGUGACAUUCAAUCAUCUGCCCAACUACUCACUGCCAUCUUUCGCCUGAAACCCCGCCCGGGGCGUAGUCGUGCCCUUGACUGUGGUGCCGGCAUUGGGAGGGUGACAAAACACCUCCUAAUGCGCUUCUUUGAAAAAGUUGAUCUUGUGGAGCAAUGCCCGCAAUUUGCAGCACAAAUCCCAGAGUAUGUGGGUGACACGAAGCACCUGGGCGAGAUCUAUACACAGGGAUUGCAGGACUUUACCCCAGAAGCAGGGAAGUACGAUGUAAUUUGGACACAGUGGGUUUUGGGGCAUCUCACGGAUGAUGAUCUUGUGGCAUUUUGGCGUCGAUGUAUCAGUGGUCUGGCCAAGGGGGGUGUUAUUGUCAUGAAGGAGAAUACCUCGUCUUCCAAUGAGGUGGAAGUUGACAAUGAGGAUUCCUCCGUGACACGACCACUAAAGCUCAUCCGGCAGCUACUGCGUCACGCUGGUCUCCGGGAGAUUCGUAUUCAGAAGCAGGAGAACAUGCCUAGGGGUCUCUUUCCCAUCUACAUGAUUGUCAUGCGAGCUUCCCGUUAGAAAAUCUCAUCUUGUCAUCUUAUUUUUUGUGAAUUCUCCAAAUUUCCUCAUCCUCAUAAUGGAGUUGGAUCAAUAAAUUCGCAGUGAUUUCCUUUAGAAAAAAAAA